AUGUCUUCCAAUCAGGUACCUGCGCGAUUUGAUAAGCACAUAUUGUUGUUAUUCACCGUCAGAACGACUCUUUUCCCGUCGAAUGCACGUCCAGGUAGUGCGUCAACCAAUAACAACGUUGUUGGUCAACAGCCUUCUCGAAUGAGUAACGACGCAUCCUCUCCUGUUCAGCAACAACAGAAAGGCCAACGUUCGAACGGCACAGACCCUCAGACAGAUACUGAUAAUUCUGAUACUAAGAAUUCAUCUAUUCCAGCCCCGGCAGAUAGUACUCCUUCACCAUCUGAGAUUGCUGCCAUCAAACGUCAAUGCGCCGCGGAGAUAUUGUCACUAAUUCCGAAGUCCAUCGCUCGAGCCUUCUUCGGCGGAGGUGCCAAACAUCGAGCCAAUAACGAUACUACUAACAAUAGGAACGAAAGUAGUCAUGGCGAACUACCACCCUCCACGGUCAACGGCUCAUCUCGGGGCUCAUCAGCUGCUACAAAUCAUACUGAUGAGAAUAAGGAUGAUAAAACAGAAGAGCUCUUGGAAGCGAUAGAAAGAGAUUUACUGGACCCUUUCUCUGAUGCGUACUGCAAUAAACAUCUUAUCUAUGCCAUUGUUGAGCUUUUCCUGAUCAAAUUGAUGCCUGAGUUGUCAGAGCACAGCAUCAGUGGUCUCAUGGAAGAGCGCGGAAUUGUCUCGUGA